GAUCGAAAUAUUUAUCAUCGGCUUGAAAGAGCGCGGUAAAACAGUGUUUACUGCUUACUAUGGGAGAACGUUGUGUGAAAUCUUCCUUUUUUAAUUACAUUAAAAACUAGACAUAUAUCUAAUAAACGUAUAUAUUUAUAUUGUACAUCAAUCAAAAGCUUCUUUUUUUUAACGCGCUGUUGCUCACUUUACAUUAGGAUGGAAUCCAGGACCGAGUUUAAGAUAAAAUCACCGCCAACCGACGCGAUUUCCGCAGUAGAGUUUGGACCAAAUUCUACACAGUUUUUAUUAGUAUCGUCAUGGGACAGUACAGUACGAUUGUACGACAUACAUGCGAAUACGUUGCGACUCAAGUAUAAUCACGAUUUACCAGUAUUGGACGUGGCGUUCCAAGAUGCUGUUCAUGCUUAUAGUGGUGGUUUAGGCAAUACUUUGAAGAUGUAUGACAUAAACAGCAAUACUGAGUCGAUAAUGGGUACACAUGACAAACCAAUCAGGAAAAUAGAGUAUUGUGCAGCAGUAAAUGCGAUAUUAACUGGUGGCUGGGACGCGGCGGUAAAAUUGUGGGAUCCACGGACACCCACUUGUGUCGGUAGCUACUUACAACCGGAUGUCGUUCUUGCUUUGUCUGUAUGCGGAGACAAAUUUGUGGUUGGCACUGCAAAGCGGAAAGUUUGCAUUUGGGAUUUGAGGAACAUGGCAGGCAUGUUUCAAAGACGAGAAAGUAGUUUAAAAUAUCAAACGCGCUGUAUCAAAGGCUUCCCUAAUGAGCAGGGAUACGUGUUAAGUAGUAUAGAGGGUCGCGUUGCCGUCGAGUACCUCGAUACAAUGCCGGAAGCACAGAAAAAGAAAUACGCAUUCAAGUGUCACAGAAUAAAGGAAAAUAAUGUCGAGCACAUUUACCCAGUAAACGCUAUCAGUUUCCAUUCCGCGUACAACACGUUUGCCACUGGUGGCUCGGACGGUUACGUAAAUAUCUGGGACGGCUUCAACAAGAAACGCUUGUGUCAAUUCCAUCGAUACAACGCUGGCGUGGCUGCAUUAAGUUUCAGUCACGAUGGUUCUGUGCUUGCGAUAGGCGUCUCCUAUUUGAAUGAGGCGGAGAUCCCACCAGGCGGUAGCGACGAGCGGGAGAUAUAUAUAAGAUAUGUCAAUGAUCAAGAAACCAAGCCGAAGUAACACUAUGUCAUAUAAAGUACAAUAACAAUAUAUGAAAAAUUAGGUAUUUCUUAAGUAUGUGCGUGCAUUUCAAGUGGGCAAGAAACGAUUGACGAAAAUAGAAACGUAUUCUGUGAGUAUAAAUUGUAAAUAAAUACCCUGAUUCGAAAUUAAUUUAUGCGCACGAAGAUAGCAUUAGCCUAAUAAAUCUUCAAUAAACUAUGUGUUUUAAUAAAA